AUGGUCAAUUCAAGUAAACCUUGCAAAUCUGUUGAUACAAAAAGAGAGAAGACAUGGCUUUACGACCAGUAUUACAUUGGUGAAAGAGAUUCUGAAAAGAGAAAGAGUGGACGUGGUAUACAUCACUGGACGGGAGCGAAGUCCCUAGAAAGCUACGAUGGUCAAUUCACAUGUGAUACAAUGCAUGGUGCCGGAGAAUACCGAUGGAGAUAUCAUGAUGGUAAACCAUUUACCUAUGAGGGCUAUUUCUUUAAUAAUAACAUGCAUGGAUAUGGAGUGAUGUCUUUUCCUGAUGGACGGACAUUUAGGGGUCUGUUCAUCAAUAACACACGAUGGGGUCCUGGUAUACAAUCACAUGCAGCGAUAAAUGAAGACGUUGGCCUCUGGUGUGGUAAUCAGCUUAUCAGAUUAGCAUGGAAACCAUCCACGCCGAGUAUCACUCCCGAUUUCAUGAUGAAUACUGUUGGAAAGACUAUAGUUGAAUAUCAUAGACGGUUAUUAGCCACAAAGAUAAAAGUCAUAGGAAAAAGUAACAGUGCCUUAGAUCUUCUAAAGGAAUGUGGGGCUGACCCAGUAUCAGCAGUAGAAAAAUGGCAUAAAUUAUAUCCAAAACAUUGCACAGAUAUCGCUAGUCCAAUGUGUCAUGUUCAACAAUUUGAAUACGACUAUUAUGAAAAAAAUACUCAAUAUAAACUUGAAGAAGUAAACCAGAUUCCAUACUUCGAGGACACGCAAACAAGCGACACCGAACAAAAUAACAUAUAUUAUGCAUGGAACAAUAAUAAUGUUACAAUAAACAUGAUGAAACAUAGCUAUCAACAUGAAGAGCAAAGGGACCACUCUCAGAUUGACUUAUCUUCUAUAUUAUCUGGUCCAAGGAGAUUGUUUAAAUCUGCUGGAAAGCACGAGGCUGAUUGCAGAGCUUUACUCUUGACUAGCUACUUAGGAUAUAUUGUUAAUGUAGCGCAACUUAUUAAUAAAGAAAAUGUUCACCCAAAUGUAUCCGAUUUGCAAGGAAAUUCAGCUCUCAUGUAUGCUACGUGCGGCGAUCAAGCAGAUGUAAUACGUUUCCUAGUGGAAGCGGGAGCUAACGUAAAUGCAUUCAAUGAUACUUGCUGCACACCUUUGGGAAUCGCUCUGAUGCGGUACGCUUGUGCUAUUAAUGAUAUUCCACCAAAUUCGAUGGUACAAGCCCUUAUUCCUCCACCAGUUAUACCUACUCCACCUACAGAAGAGUCAAAAGUUUUUGAAUGGAAUAUAAUAAGAGAUCAAUUUGGGCCAACUAUAACUUCAAUAAAUAGAACUCCAAGUAAAACAGGAAGAACAGCGAGUUCAAAGAAAGUUAAAUCCCUAAUGUCCAUUAAAGAUCAGCCUGUUAGCAAAAAAAAGACUGACGCAUCACCUAUAAAGCAUCCAGAACCGUUGUACGAAUCAGAUGAUUCAUUGUGUGAUUAUAAGAAAGUAUACAAUGACGCUAAUCGAGAAUAUUCGAUUAAAGUAAAUGAUAUAUUUAUAAGCCCCAACGCUGAUGUUCCAUACUUAUUCAAUAUCGCUGAUAUGAUCAUGGAAAUUGAAACUCUUGAAGAGGAUUCCAAGAAAAUUCAAGAGAAGAAUCCAAAAAAAAAUAUGUCGAAAGUAAUUAAAGACACCUUUAAAACUAGUAAAGUGUUGAUAAGUCAGAGUAAAGAAAGAUUAGACCACAUGUCAGAAAACAGCUUACAAAAAUUAAGAAGUGAUAUGUUGUCGAAAAUGAAAUUAACAAUUCUUGAACUUUUGGCAAAUGGUGCAAAACCAACGUUAGUGUGCUGUCCACAACCUGCAUUGGUGAUGGCAAUUUCAUGUAAUAGUCCUGACUUAAUCAAACACUUGGUGCAAUAUGGUGCUGAUGUAAACGAGUUAUAUCCAAGGUUACGAGGCUAUUCGCCAUUGGACAUUGCGGUAUCAAGACAGUUUACUUGGGAAAACUUAGAAAUAAUAAGAGCAUUACUCGAAAACGGCGCAAAUGCUAAUAGAAGUAUACACUGUGAAGGCGAUUCAUCAGAUAUCACUGUAACUGUAAUACGAAUUUCAGCACCAACACUUUUACAUGCUGUUCUUGCUAGAAAGGUAGAAAUUGAAAAUGAAGAAGAGAUUCGUCGUCAUUUAAUAGAUCUACUUUUAGAUUACAAUUGUAAUCCGCUAUCGCAGUUUAAAGGGCGCUCAGCGAUUGAUGUAGCAAUGACGAAAAAUAUAAGUUUAUUCGACGUAUUUGUGCGAAAUCGUAAAACGAAUCUAAAUUGUGUUAUUAAUGAUUCAAAUCAGAGCGUUUUAGUUAAAAUGUUUUCGAUUCCUUUCUUCAAAAGCAUUGGUGCGGAGAGAAUUCAAAUCUUGAUAGAUCUAUUGGUAUAUGGUGCAGAUCCUUUACUAUCGUGUAAGAAUGGCCAGGAUAAAUAUCAAAAUAUUUUUGUUUUCGCUAAAAAAACAUUGAGCGAAAUGGAAAAUGGCCCCCAAGAAAAAAUGAAGAAAGAAGAUGUCAAGAAACCUGAAAAACCCAAAAAGGAUGAAAAGCUGUCCACAAAAUCUAUUGGAAGAAUGGUAACAGAUGACAAAGAAGAUUAUAAGCAAGCUAUAGAACUCGUAACGGAGUGUGGUAGGCUUGUACAUAUACGAUGGUUGCAAGGACAAUUGGCUAAAAACCUUAUUGAAACCAUAUACAAAUACAGACAUCGACAAUGGAACAUGAUUUUAAACGAAUGUAAGAAUAAGAAGGCUAUCGGCCUGUGGCUUACGCCACAUCGUGGUAUAGAGAUAUGGAACAUUUUUAAUUCUACAAAAAAGAAAAUUUACACCGACCAAAGAGUUUUGAAACAUUUUCUAUGUAUUGUCACUUUUCUCGCUUGGAGAUUCUACAAUCCUAAAAAGAAUGAUUUCACUCCUUGGUCUAAGGUCACAACUAUUGUCAAAGACCUAAUAGAGAAGGAUGUCCUCUACCUUUUGAAAGAAAAUAAUUCUAUAAACAAAACAAUAGAAGAUAUUCCAUGGAAAUGUUCUUUUGUUAAACCUGAGCUAGAUAGAGCGGAGAAGAAAUUUAAAAUUUGCUUCGAGUGUGCAUUGCCCCUAAAUGAGAAUAAACUAACCUGCAAUAUAUGUAAAAUGAUAUCUUUUUGUUCGUUAGAAUGCUUAAAAGAAAAUGUAGAUAGAGCCAACUGUCAUCCCUGUAGCAACGAUUUAAAAUUAAAACAUUUUCCUUCACUAGACUAA